AUGGGGGACCCGGCGGCCCGGCCGGCCGUUGAAGGGUGCUGCCUGUUGGGUUUGAGCGGAUCACGGGAUGCCCGGGUGGUGGCGUUCAUCAAGGGCACGCGCACCCAGCCCCAGUGCGGGUUCAGCUACAAGCUGCUGUCGCUGCUCAACGACUGCAAGGCGGACUACGAGGUGGUCAACGUGCUGGACGAGUUCCACAACCCUGGCCUGCGUGAGGCCAUCAAGUCGUACAGCCAGUGGCCCACCAUCCCGCAGCUCUACGUGGACUCUGAGUUUGUGGGGGGAGCCGACAUCGUGGAGCAGAUGGCCGGCACCGGGGAGCUGCAGCUCAUGCUGCGGGGCGAGACAGCCAACGCCAAGUGA